UAGAGACAGUGAGAGAAAAUAAUUUUCACUUUUCAUUUCAUUUCACUGCUGAAAGAAAACCAUUAUCCUAACCGGAACUGUGUUGUAGUAGCAGAGCAGAGUCCAUGUCGUUCCUGCUACUUCUUCUGCCUCAACCUUCCACCGCCACAAGACUCUCUCCAUUCACCAUCUCCACGUCCACUAUCUCCCUUAAACCCUUAUCCACCCUUUCACCUCCACGCUCCAUUCCAAACUCCACCCUUUCCAUUUCCACCUCUCCACCACCAACACCUACAAAUGCACCCCCUCCAAAGAAAGUUCUUCUUCCCAUCGGUUUCGGCACCGAGGAAAUGGAAGCAGUUAUCUUAAUCCACGUCCUCCGUCGUGCUGGUGCUCAUGUCACCGUUGCUUCCGUUGAGCCUCAGCUUCAAGUUGAAGCUGCUAGUGGCACUAAAUUAGUUGCUGAUGCUUCUAUUUCUGAGUGCUCUGAUCAAAUAUUUGAUCUUAUCGCUUUACCGGGAGGAAUGCCUGGUUCAGCAAGAUUGAGAGAUUGUGAUGCCUUGAGAAUAAUCACAUGUAAACAAGCUGAGGAAAAUAGGUUAUUUGGUGCUAUUAAUGCUGCUCCUGCUGUUACUCUUUUGCCUUGGGGACUUUUGAAGAGAAAGAAGAUAACAUGUCACCCUGCAUUUUUCCACAAGCUACCAACGUUUUGGGCUGUUAAGUCGAACAUUCAGGUUUCAAAUGGGCUUACAACAAGCCGUGGCCCGGGAACUGCUUACAUGUUUGCUUUAACUUUGGUUGAACAGCUAUUUGGGGAGUCUAUUGCAAGGGAGGUUGCUGAAUUCUUGUUGAUGAGAACUGAUGAUGACAAUGUAUCUAAGAAGGAGUUUAAUGAAAUUGAUUGGUCUGUUGGCCACCAUCCCCCCAGUGUUCUCAUCCCAAUCGCACAUGGUUCUGAAGAGAUUGAAGUAGUGACCCUAAUAGAUAUUCUAAGGCGAGCAAAAGCUAAUGUCGUAGUUGCUUCUGUUGAGAAAACUCUUGGAGUCAUGGCUUCUCAAGGAACCAAAAUUGUUGCUGAUAAAUUAAUUAGUGAUAUUCAAGAGUCAGCACAUGAUUUGAUUAUUCUCCCGGGAGGAACUGCUGGCGCUGAAAGGCUAAGCAAGUCAAGAAUUCUGAAGAAGCUUCUGAAAGAACAAAAUUCAGCUGGAAGAAUAUACGGAGCCGUCUGCUCCUCACCUGCUAUUCUACACAAACAAGGUUUACUAAAGGACAAGAAGGCUACAGCUCAUCCCUCUGCCCUAAACAAACUUAAAGACGGAGCAGUAAAUGAUGCCGUAGUAGUUAUUGAUGGCAAAGUGAUUACUAGUGAGGGACUUGCCACUGUAACUGAUUUUGCAUUGGCUAUUGUGAGCAAGUUAUUUGGUAAUGGAAGAGCAAGAAGUGUAGCAGAAGGCCUUGUUUUUGAGUAUCCUAGGAAAUAGACUACUAGAGCAUGUGGUUUCAAGUACUUGUAGGUGUGAUAGAAAAAUUAUAGGUAGUGUACCCCAGCCCAAGCUUGAUUUGUUUUCAGGUGGUGUUAAAUUUGUACCCCCUUUAACGCAUCGUUUUGAUUAGUUGAACGAUGACAAUCACCAUCUCCACUGAAUCUCAUUUUUUGAGGGGUGGCUGCAUAGGAAAAAGUUACCUGCAGGGUGUGCAAAAUAUAACAAGAUUAGAAUCAUAGUUUCAGCUUGGUUGAACAUUUGAUGUAAUUUCCAUAUUCUACAGAGUUGAAAAUAGGCUGGGAUCAAUGUUGUGUGAAAAUAUCCAUACCUCUGGUUGUUAAAAGGGACCGAGACUUGAGUUUAACGUCUGAACAAUUAAAAAUUACUCGAAAAUAGCACACA